AUGAGGCUACAAGGCAGUUCCCCGCCCGCCAGCCUGGCUCUCUCCGGAAACUGCACCAGGAAGAAGCGGCUGGUGGCGCCCGCCAUCAGCCUGACUCUGGAGCGCAGCGACUCGGUCUUCUCCGACGACUUUGCCACUGCCGCCCUGUCCCCGUCGCCCGACGACGACCCCGAGCUGGACAUCAACCUGGAGGACCUGGACACGCCCUCUGACAGCGAGUCCUUCGGCUUCCCCGACAGCUCGCACAACCUGGAGUGGGACGACGACCUGCCGCGGGUGGGCAGAGGAGUGGGCGCGGUAGCCCGCGCGUCUGUGACGGAGCAGGCGGAGAUCGGACACAUGGAGCUGGACCAGGUGGACAGCGACGGUCGCAGGUGGCGCCGGUUCAAUAUCUCCGGGCAGGAGUGCUACGUCAACAUGACCGUGCUGGAGCCAUACCUACAGGUGCUGUCCCAUGGGGGUUACUAUGGAGACGGUCUGAAUGCCAUCAUCGUGUUUUCCUCCUGCUACCUCCCGGAGAACACCAUCAAGGAUUACCAGUAUGUCAUGGACAAUCUCUUCAGGUAUAUAGUGGGUACCCUGGAGCUGAUGGUGUCUGAGAACUACGUGAUAGUUUACCUGUGUGGGAUGGCCCCGCGGAGCAAGAUGCCCAAUAUCAAAUGGCUGCGUCAGUGCUACAUGACCAUCGACAGGAGGCUGAGGAAGAACCUGAAGGGUCUGUUCAUCGUUCACCCGGUCUGGUACAUCAAAGCUCUGCUCACCAUCAUCAAGCCCUUCAUCAGUGCAAAGUUCAGCAGGAAGGUACGCUUCAUCCCAAGCCUGCAGGAGUUGUCUGCCUUCAUCCCCAUGGAGCAUGUACAGAUCCCAGAAUGCAUCAGACAAUUUGACCAGAAUAUGAAUGGUUGAAAUACAGAAGCUUUAACUGCAUAUAUGUAUAUAAAGGUGGUGGAACCCUGGACAGGCCUGGACAACAGGCUGACGGGCAGAUGUUGUGAGACCAAAGGUUACAUGGUCAGCAGGUUGCCUAACACAGCAAAACCCUUUAACCUCUGAGAUCUCAACCAAUCAUGCUACUGGGUAUUUGACUUUGGGCAUGUUGAUUUUCUCUCCUCUGAUUUGUCCAAGUGCUUCAUGUGACCCAGCUGUACCAAUCAUAGAUGAAUGUUGUGCUGUACUUUCAGAGAAGAACAGCUAGUCCAGGGUUGUGAAGGGUGAAACUUUAAAGAGCACUGGAGAAAAGGGGACUUUUGUCAGAACUGGCAAGCCGAAUGCCUCCUUUGUGGUCUGAGGCACAGAGAUGCGGUUGGUUUACUGAGUGAGGUCAUUCACAAAGCACAGCUUUCUCAUUAUCGAUUACCACGGCAACCGUAAGAACAAGCCCAUGCCAGGCUUUACAUAACACCGGGAUUAUUACAUAACAUGUGAUUUAUGGGUAGAAGAUCAUUGCUGUAUGCCACCUUAUGGAUCUCAUUAUGGGCUGCUUGAAUGCUGGAAUUUUUUUUUUUUUUUUUUUGGGGGGGGGAUUUGACAAUGACUUAAAGGCCAAUUUUCAAUUUCACUUACCUUGAAAGCCCCAUGCUUUUGGUUCCCCCAUCGUUUAUUUUCCAUAGCUACUUUAGCUGUAGGUCAGCCACAGGUCAUAACACAACAUUCAGGACUGCUUCAGAUGUUUUUUUGUUUCUUUUUAAAUUGCAUGCCAUAUUAUCGAAUUCUGUGGGUAGUGUUUCUUUUAAUUUUUUUAUACUGUUUGAUGUCAUCUGUAUUUAUGUAUGUAUAUAUGUAUGUAUGUUUGUUGGUACGUACUGUAGUCUUUUACUGUAAGUUGCUCUGGAUAAGAGCAUCUGAAAGGCCUCAUAAUAGGAAUAAAAGGCGUAAUGAUGAAUGAAUCUAGCACAAUACUUCGGCUCUAAGGGUCAGGA